CUUUUUUCACUACAAAAAAUAACAUCAUCUAUUUAUCAACAUACACGCUAUCACCACAGCACGCAUUUACAGUUGUAGUAUAAAUGUAACUUUACGUAAUUCGCUGCGCAAUUUGCGCAAAACGAUCGGCGUAUGAUACCGCGAGACUCGAGCCUUAGUGCACACUUCCUCCAUCGUGACCAAGUCAUCUGACUCGAGAACUGACAGAAGCGACUCCAGCUAAAAGAGAUGGAAGGAGCCUUGAACUUCUCACAACAUUGCAACAGAAAGCAGGACGUAAUGCUGAACUGGACACACGGAAACCUUUAGCUGACUGAAAAUUGAUUUUAUUGCUCAAUGCUCUGAUCAUGUCGGACACGUCAGAAGUCUCUUUACCCGCGUUCAGGCGGUUGAGCUAUGCAGUCGGACACUUUCUAAACGAUCUAUGCGCCUCUAUGUGGUUCACGUACCUGCUGGUGUUUUAUCACUCGGUGCUGGGUUUUCAGAACACGUAUGCCGGUGUGUUGUUGUUAGUAGGGCAGAUCGCGGACGGAGUGAGUACGCCGCUUAUUGGUUACGAGUCUGAUAGGACACCGGGCUGUGGGUCCUAUGGGAAGAGAAAGACAUGGCAUUUAGUGGGAACCGUCAGUGUCGCGCUAUCCUUUCCCUUCAUAUUUAACCAGUGUCUGGGAUGUGACACGACCACCCCUCAGUGGGUCAGUCUCACUUACUUCAUCCCAUUUAUUGUGAUAUUCCAGUUUGGUUGGGCUGCCACCCAGAUCUCCCAUUUGUCUCUUAUUCCCGAGCUAGUGUCCUGUGAGCAUGAGAAAGUUGAGCUCACUGCAUACAGGUACUCCUUCACGGUGAUAGCCAACAUCACAGUGUAUGCAGUAGCUUGGCUGAUGUUUCAUUUUCAGACACAGAAAGGAGAUGACCCUGCCAUUACAGACAGUCUUGGCCCUAUUGACAUCCCUGUUUUCAGAAAUCUAGGGCUUAUAGUGGUGGGCAUCGGAUCUCUCUUCUCGCUUCUGUUUCACCUGGGCACACAGGAGAAGAAAUCACGCCCCCUUCAGGAAGAGGCUGGGUCUAGUCCUGGGGAGCGCCAACCCCUUCUCAACAACACCACUGUGUCCCCACCUACCAACCUACUUCAGUGGAAGCAAUGGCUUAGGCAGCCAUCAUUCUACCAGGUGGCUCUGCUUUACAUGUCCACCAGACUGAUUGUGAACUUAUCACAAACAUACAUUUCCAUGUAUCUCACCAACACACUACUGCUGCCAAAGAAUUACAUAGCCACGAUUCCCUUGGUUAUGUAUGUGAGUGGCUUUGCUUCCUCAUUUAUCAUGAAACCCCUCAGCAAGCUAAUAGGGAAAUGUAUGACCUAUUUUUUGGGACUGUUGCUGAUUCUGGCAUUUUCCUAUUGGGUGCUGUUGGAUACUCACAUGGGUGACGGUGUGUACGGCGCAGCAGUUUUGCUAGGGAUGGGAUCUGCCACCAUUCUAGUGAUGUCACUUGCCAUGACGGCUGAACUGAUUGGAGAUCAGACACAAAGUGGGGCGUUUGUUUAUGGAGCUAUGAGUUUCACAGACAAAGUUGCGAAUGGUUUAGGAGUAAUGAUCAUCCAAGCGCUCCACCCCUGCCACACAAUAGUCUGCUGUCCAGCAUGUGUGUGGUAUUACCACUACGUCAUGGUUAUCGUCACGGGUGGAGUGGCUGUUUUAGCAGCUCUUAGCCUCAGCACGAUUCUCAUCUGGCCUAUCAAGAUUAUUCGACUAACUAAGCGAGGUCAUAUGAACGGUUCAGUAAACAGCAGUGACUUUAAGGAUCUGCCUGAGGUGACCGGCCUUUUGGGGAGCGACAGAGAAGAUUCAGAGAGUUCUGAACAGCCUUUAGUCAACUGAACCUGAGUUAGACAGAACCGCUAUAAGCCACAGAGAUUCUUCAGUUUGGUUGUGAAUGAUCUUUUCACUCAGGCCAGUAUUUGCUUGUGACAUCUGUAAAACGGUCACGCAUAAAAAAACCUCAAAUCAAAUCCAAAGGGAGUUCGAAGUUCAAUUUCCUCAUCAUCCUGCCAUUUCUUCGUCACCCCUUAGUUACUGACCAGCAGUUUGCAGACACUUUAUAAAGGCAUUCAUUUUAUGAUGCACUGUUAUAUUUUUCAUGUUUAUCUUUUCAAAAACUAUUUUAUUUAUGAUUACAAUGUCAAAUAGACAUAUUUUUCCACAAUUAUUUAAUUCAAAUUACAAAAAGGGAGAUGCAGUAAGUUUCUGCUAAACUAAAUGUUAUCACAGAAGUAUAGUUCAGCAAAACGCACAAGUUCUGAUGGUUGGUUUUUUUGACGUUAUAAUUAAAAGGAAUCAAUUGAAUACCUGCUCUUUUUGUAAGGGCAUUCGGAAAAAGGGAAGAGUAAUCAGGGACAUAAAGCCAUGUUUAGCCAUUUCUGAGCAUAAUCCUUGCGCUUGUAGGUUAUUGCUGUGAAAGGGACCAGUGAAUAAGCAAUUGUGCAAUUUCCUUGCAACCACUAACCAUGGUUUGCAUUCAAAAGCAUUUGGCAAUGCAUUAAUUAUGUUGGACAUGCUUUCUGUUCAUAUACUUACUGAACAGAAUCAAUGUUCUUUAUGAACAGUAUUUUGAGUUGGCACAUUGUAACCUGAUAUUUAUAACUUGUAUAACUCAUUAACUUGUUAUAACCCAUUGGCAGGAAUGCGCUGUCACUGUGAGUUGUUGAACAUCUGGUCAUCUGAUCUUGUGUGAUGCUCGUGACUCAAUGCCGUUAAAUUUUGAAGCUGUAAGCUUUCACACGUGUAACUGAUAUGUAGUGAAUUAUAGUCCAAACAUUCAAUAUAAUCAGGACUUUUUAAGGGACAAUUAUUGUGUUUUUAUAAUUGUGCAAAAGAGAUUUUAUAAAUAAAUUUUUCUUAACGAUGUCUUGUAAAUAUCUGCAUAUGAUAAAAGGGUCUAUGUAAAUCUAUAUGAACAAUUACAUGAUUUUACGAAUGGAUCUUGACGCACGUUUUUCUGUCCUUGAUAAGAGGAAGCAGGUGCUGAUAGAAUAUGACAGGGCAACAUGUGGGAGAUUGUUGGAAAUGUCCCUGCUUGUGACUGUCAUGUGAUAAAAUCCCAUUCUGUUAUGGAAAUACAGGAAAUGGAAAAACAGUAAAAGGUCUCUGGUGACUCCUAGUCCUGCUUGACCUUAGUGCUGCGUUCGAUACGGAAGACCAUAACAUACUUUUAGAUCGCUUACACAAUUAUACCGGUAUCCAGGGACAGGCAUUACAGUGGUCCAGAUCUUAUCAGACAGAUAUCAAUAUGUCCAUUUAAAUGGGGAAUCAUCAAAUCUAACGCAAGUAAAUUAUGGAUUACCUCAGGGAUCGGUUUUAGGACCCUUGCUAUUCUCCAUAUACAUAAAAACACUUGGAAACAUUAUUAGAAAACAUGGAAUUAGCUUCCACUAUUAUGCAGAUGAUACUCAGCUAUAUAUCUCAUCAAGACCAGAUGAUUCCUUCCAGCUAUCCAAAUUGGCAGAGUGCAUCGAAGAUAUAAAACAUUGGAUGACUACUAAUUUCCUUUUAAAUUCUAAUAAAACAGAAAUAUUACUUAACGGACCAGAGACACUUAAACAGAAUAUUUCGGGUUAUAGCCUGCAAAUUGAAGGCUGGACUGUUACUCCAACAAAUACAGUUAAAGACCUAGGCGUUAUAUUAGACAGCAACCUGUCAUUUGGAAAUCACAUCUCAAAUGUGACACAAACAGCCUUCUUCCACUUUGGAAAUGUUGCCAAAUUACAAAAUAUUCUAUGUGUUGCUGGUGCAGAGAAGCUUAUUCAUGCAUUUGUGACCUCAAGACUUGACUACUGUAAUGCACUACUUAGUGGUUGUCCUGCAUCAUCAAUAAACAAACUACAGUUAGUUCAGAAUGCAGCUGCCAGAGUUCUAACCAGGUCAAGGAAAUACGAUCACAUAACCCCAAUGUUAUCAACCCUUCACUGGUUACCCAUUAAGUAUGAUAUUGACUAUACUAUGUCAUAUAUUCUGUCACAUUACAACCCAUCACGCUCUCUAAGAUCUCAAAACUCUGGACUUUUGAUAACACCUAGAAUAACUAAAUCUACCAAAGGGGGCGGAGCUUUCUCAUACGUUGCACCUAAACUCUGGAAUAGCCUUCCCGAUACUAUUCGAGGGUCAGACACACUCUCCCAAUUUAAAUCUAGAUUAAAGACACAUCUUUUCAGCAAAGCAUUCACUUAAUGCAUAAUAUGCUAAAUAAACCACUGGGAAACUGCAUUUAUUAGAUAUUAUUUACUAAUGAUCUUGAUUGUUCUAUAAACACCAUGAUCUGUGCUCUGUUUUACCUUUUUGUGUUUUUUUAUUUUUCUUAUUUUCUCCUGUAAAGCUGCUUUGGAACAAUGCACAUUGUGAAAAGCGCUGUAUAAAUAAAAUUGAAAAUGAAUCGAAUUGAACCUUAGAAAUGGAUUUAACACAAGAACCGCCAGAGUUCGCUGUAUACCUAACACCGCCAGCGGGUAAAAUUGACCCAUGCACAUGAAUAUUGUUUCGAUAUUGCUAAAAACCAUAUUAUGUCACUGUUUUAUGUGACUGUCAUCACAAAGUAAUGUCUAGAGACAUGAAAUGAUAAUUUUUUAGUCAUUAGCUAUGUUUUUGUGCUGUUGUUUUAUGUUCAAAGCUAAAGUAAGAAAAUCACUUUUCUCAGCGGUAUAUAGUUGAUGCAACGACGAAGUUUCACCUAAAUAACUAUUAAUUUGUUUAGUUAUAUCAUGUAUAAGUUGGACAAGAGAACAAAACAUGGUGUAAUCAUAAAAAAUAAAGGCUUGAGGUAAAUUGGACCCGACUGCUUUUAAAGGUAUAAAUGCACUGCUUUUAAUCUGGUUUUAUCUAAACAUUUUUUAACAACAGGGGAUUGUAACACAAUUUUAUUAAAAGUCAAGACUUGGAUAUUUUGUUGAAAAUGUACAUUUGAAAAACAUCCACGGGUAAAUUUUCCCCCUGGAGGUCCUAGUGUUAAGGAUGUAAAGUUUAGGAUUUAAUCUAAACUUGUUUAGGGUUUAAUCGUUAGUCUAGUUUUUGACCACAAGGUGGCAAAAAAGUCAAAGAGAUUCUUACAAAGGCCCAAGUUUACAAUGUUUAAAAAUAGUUUCUAUUGUGUGUUUGAGGUGAAGUUCAGUGCUUCUUAUUUGAUGUUGCACAUAGGUACACAUUAUAGAAGAUUAGUUUAUUGUUAUUGUCACACAUUAUUGCAACAAUAGUUUUUUUCUUAUUUAAAAAAUGAUGCACCUUCGUACGAACAGUUUUUUGUUCAGCAAAAGGUUUUUAACCUGCAGAAAGUAUUGAUUAAACCAGUUGCUUUAUAUUGAACCACUACAAUUAUAUUGUUUCUCUACACACUUUUGUCAUGUUAAUUUAUUUAUCUAAUGUAUUGAAUUGCUCUCACAGCAAAAGAAUUUGUGCCUCUAAUGCUUUAAACGAGUAAUUGAACACCAAAGUGAACUCCACUCAUGGAAAAUGCUUUGAGAUAUUUGAUUAUGAUAGCGUUCUUCAAAUCCUUGUGUGAAUGUUUGCAAUUAUGAAGGUUAAUAAGAGUAAGACUUGGAUAUUUAUCCA